AAAAAGACGAAGAAGAGGGGCGGACCAGGAAGUGUUCUUCUAUUUUCUUGUUUCCCUUUUUCGAGUCAGUCUGAAACACCGUAGAGCCACUUUUAAUUUACCAUGAACCUGGAAAGACUUCCCAACGAGGAGAAGCUCAGCCUAUGUAGAAAAUAUUACUUGGGUGGUUUUGCUCUUCUUCCUUUCCUGUGGCUUGUAAACGUUGUUUGGUUUUUUAAGGAAGCUUUUGUUAAGCCACCCUUCACUGAACAGACCUUAAUUAAAACAUAUGUGAAACGUUCAGCGCUGGGUUUGUCGUUUUGGGUCGCAGUAUUGACAACAUGGAUCACGAUUUACCAACACUACAGAUCCCAGUGGGGGGAGGUUGGCGAUCGCCUUUCAUUCACGAUUCCACUGGGCACACCUUGAGAUGUCCGUCAGCCGACUAUGACGAGUCAAAGAGUUUUCUCUUUAUCAAAGUGGAAGAUUUUGGUCCUUGUGAGAUUUAUCACCUUUAAAAUAUAGAUACUGUAGCACUCUGAAAUGUCUGUUUUUUAAUAGGUUCUUCGUAUUCUUUGAUUUCAGUAUGAGCUAACAAAGUGUUAAAGGUGUGCAUUUUGUUUAUAUAUAAUAAAAAAAAAAAA